AUGGAGGACCUGCUGGUGGGGGAGGGCGAGAGGCUGAGGACAGAGGGAGAGGUGGGGGCAGGGAAAGGCACAGUGACCUCAUCAGCCGCCCCUGGGGUGCGGCUCCCGAGCCCCCGCCCAGCCCGGCCCGCCUAUAUCCCCAGGCUCUUGCUGCUCCCAGCAGAAGCUGGAGAGAUGACACUGCAGUUUGAAGCCUUCUAUGCAGGGGGCCUGGCCCCGGGCUGGAACCUGCUAGUCCAGGGACACUCUGACUCUGGAGAGGACAAGUUUGAGAUCAACUUCCUGUCUGAGACAGGGGACAUCGUCUUCCACAUUAAGCCCCGGUUCUCCAGUGCCACCAUCGUGGCCAACACCUUCCAGGGCGGCCACUGGGGCCAGGAGGAGGUGUCCAAUGUCUUCCCGCUGGUGCUCGGGGAGCCCUUUGAGAUGGAGGUCAGCUCGGAUGCGGAACACUUCCAUGUCCACGCCCAGGAGCACAAGGUGCUGCAGUUCUCCCACCGCCACAGGCCACUGGCCGCCAUCACCCGGGUGCAGGUGCUGAGUGACCACCGCCUGGCCCAGGUGGAGCUGGCCAGGAGAGGCCUGAGCUGGGGGGACGUGGGCUACUAAGCUGUGUCUGAAGUCCCAGGAUCGAGCCUUGGCCAUCGGCCGUCCCUCGCCCAGUGAAACCCACGCUGGGGAAGCUGUGGGGAGGGCCCUGUGGUUCUGGCCCCCCACUCCAGCUCCACCUUCAAUAAAAUUUAA